AUGAGCUUGAUUUCGUCGCUGCUACUAGACGAUUCUCCACUGAGCGCGUCUACUGAUGUUCUGAAAUAUUCACCCGACGGUCAGAUAGCUGUCGUUACUCGUGGCGCCAUUUAUAUAGUGACACCAGACCUCUCUAGCUCUCCCCAUAUUGAAAAAGAUAUUUUCCGUGGAGACCGCCUGGGCUGGUUAAAAACGGCUAUCCAUGACAUUGGAAUAACCAAAGCAUGGUCUGAUGGCAGAACUGGGCCACGAAAAGAAUGGAACACGCUUAGUCUCGCAACCGCAGAAAACGUCUGGCAAGCUGUUUCUUGGUCGCCUAGUGGACUCAAUCGGCUCGGAGGCUGUCUACUUGCGUCUCUAACAAAUAACUUGCAAGUCAUCAUCUGGGCACCUGUCAAGAAUCCGUUGACGGGAGAGUGGUCCAAAGUUGCGGAUAUAACAGAAUAUCAGAUCUCAUCUUAUGGAGGGGAUGAUGAAAUUACUGCAGAAGAUUUACAAAAAUGCCAAUCAUGCUCAAUUGCGUGGUCCGAUUCGCUCCAUAAAGAAGAAGCAUUUCCAUCCACGGCCCCUUGCCACUCACUCUUGGCAGUCGGUGCGCGCUCAGGGGACGUAUCCUUCUUUCGCUGGGACUUGAAGGCAGACGCUGCUCGUUACUGCUUUAGCUCUAAGGUAGCCGACGCCUGGAUCACCAAACUUACUUGGUCAAAUUGGAGACUGGAAAAUAGAACAGGUUCUUCUCAGUUUGUUCAGGCAUCCCUUGCAUGCGGGCUUUCAAACGGUUCUGUAUGGGUUCUCAACAUAAAGCAAGAACUGGAUGGACGAGAACAAUAUUCUGUGGAUUCGACUCUGGUUGCUGAACCAGACUCGCGAUCGAUCACGGCUAUGACCUUUGUUGAGUCGAAUUCUAAAACCCAUCGUUUACUUGCUAUAGCAAAGCCAGGUUUUAUAGCCUUGUGCACUCUUCCUACUCUGUCAGAGAAUGAUAUGGCUGAAGACCCUUCCCUGGAUAUUAUAAAGCUAUCAUCCCCUCGUACGUCUUUGGCAUCUAGUGCGGUUUCGACUUGCGUAGGGAUGCAAUAUAUCGCAUCCAAUGAUUCAAUGGUUGUCAUCCUUGCGGAAGGGUCAACAAUCACAAUUACCGGUAUCUCCCAGAAAGCGCGCGUAAUAGAACAAGAAGAGAGUGGGACAUCUACGUACAAUCUUAGCAAAGCCGUACGAAGAGUUACUGGGAUAGCGGAAAACCGACCCCUCGAAAGUACUGAGUAUGCUAGAAUAUAUGGGGUGCAGUUCAUGGAAACGGAGAGCUACGUUCUUUGGGGACAAGAAGUGUUACACUCGUACGACUUGUCCUUCCGCAUUCAAGCCACGUCUAAGAUCAGAAUUUGUCUUGUUAAACUCUGGCGACCCGAAGAAGAUACGAACACCAGAUUAGUUUCUAGUCUCGGUGGCAGUUUAUUGAGUUAUAACCUUGUUGCAUCGUAUUCUCCUGGAGUAAUACUUAAGCAGAUCUUAUUCGAAUUAUUAGAGGACGAGUCUGUUGUUUCCGUUGCGCCUCAUAUGCUUCCGGUUUUAGCUCCGGAAUGGGGCUUAACAAACUUGAAUCAAUUCGCCGACGAAGGUCACACCUCUUUAACUAUUGAUGACCCUUUCACUGGUCAAACACGCCUUAAACUCAGCCUCGUACAGCUACUUGUGAACAGGGUUAGCCUGCCCGAAAAUCUCAUUGUGGAGCUCAGGUCAUUGGAGCGGACACUUAUGCAAACUGCUGUUGCUCUCCGCAUACAUACAGUAGUUGAGCGAAUAAUAUCAUCUGCCGAAAGCGAUGAAUUUGAGAACGCUGGUAUCCUACGUUUCAUCCAUGCAUCCCAGUUUUGUCCUAUUCCUGGCAGUGUCUCACAGAGGUUCCAGAAUAUGCGGAAACAAGGGCAAGACUACGCUCGAAGGCACGAUUCUAGCUUGACAUAUUUGUCAAAUGAUGAGCGAGACACGCUGGACCUUUCUAGAGCGACCGACCUCGGAGAAACGUGCCCGGCAUGCCAGCAGGUUGUGUUAUUUCAGAACUUGGCACAGGCUCGUUGCCACACAGGCCACGUUUGGGAGCGAUGCGCAACCAGCUUCCGGCUGUUGGCCAGUCUUGGUUCACUAACCUGUAGUGGCUGUGGUCGCAAAUCACUGGACCACAACCCGCAAAUUCUCGCUGAGCCGGGAACGCACUGCGUGAUGUGUGGGAAUCGCUACUUCCGUGCAAUCUAA